GUGGAGACGAAAGCCAGCGCACCCUGCGGCUCUCCAGGACCAGGGUUGCCGACCCCUGGUCUACAGCAUAGGCAGCCAACACCCUCUGUGCAGCUGUCAAGUGAAAUGAGGCCCCUCCCAUCGGUGGUGUCUUUGAUGACGUCACCAGAAGGAGUCGUACACUGCUCUCGCCGGUGUAAGGACUCCCUGACAAGGAGCCAGACAGCGGUAAUAUAAAGCCAGCGGCUGUCCAAUUUCGACCAUCCAAGGACAAAGCUUAGAUGAACGAAGGAAUGGCGGCUUCAUCAGACAGGGUCAUGCUUGGUCCUCUUGUCGCUGCAAUUGAUCAAGGCACAAGCUCUACGCGGUUCUUGGUGUUUAAUGCCAAGACUGCCGAACUCCUGAGUCACCACCAGGUGGAAAUUGAACAAAGCUUCCCUAAAGAGGGCUGGGUGGAGGAGGACCCGAAGGAGAUUCUGCAGUCUGUGUACGAAUGCAUGGAGAGAACGUGUGAGAAACUGACACAGCUCAACAUCGACAUCUCCAACAUCAAGGCCAUUGGAGUGACCAAUCAGAGAGAGACCACACUGAUCUGGGACAAAGUGACUGGAGAACCUCUUUAUAAUGCCAUUGUUUGGCUGGACUUGCGAACCCAGUCCACAGUGGAGCGGCUGAUUAACAAGACCCCCGGCAGGAACAAGAACCACCUGAAACACAAGACGGGCCUUCCCAUCAGCACCUACUUCAGCGCGGUGAAGCUGCGCUGGCUCAUGGACAACGUGGCGGAGGUGCAGGAGGCGGUGCUGUCCCGCCGGGCCAUGUUCGGCACCGUGGACUCCUGGCUCAUCUGGUGUCUAACGGGGGGGAAGAGCGGGGGUGUCCACUGCACGGACGUGACCAACGCCAGCCGCACCAUGCUCUUCAACAUCCACACCUUGGACUGGGACCCCGAGCUCUGCAAGUAUUUUGAUAUUCCAAUGGAGAUCCUACCAAAAGUGAGAAGUUCGUCAGAAAUAUAUGGGCUAAUGAAAAUAUGUUCUAGUCUGAAAUCUGGUGCACUUACUGGGAUUCCCUUAUCAGGGUGUUUGGGAGACCAGUCUGCAGCUCUCGUUGGGCAGAUGUGCUUCCAGGACGGACAAGCGAAAAACACGUAUGGAACAGGUUGUUUCCUGCUCAGAAACACAGGCUUGAAGCCGGUGAUGUCAGACCACGGCCUUCUGACCACUGUGGCCUACAAACUGGGCCGUGACCAGCCAGCCUGCUAUGCCCUGGAGGGCUCUGUUGCUAUAGCUGGAGCAGUGGUCAGAUGGUUGAAGGAUAAUCUGGGAAUUGUCCAAUGCUCCACUGAGAUCGAGAAACUGGCCGCCUCGGUGGGCACGUCAUACGGGUGCUAUUUUGUUCCGGCGUUUUCCGGCUUGUACGCCCCCUACUGGGAGCCGAGUGCAAGAGGGAUCAUAUGCGGUCUGACUCAGUUCACCAACAAGAGUCACCUGGCCUUCGCUGCGCUGGAAGCUGUGUGCUUCCAGACCCGAGAGAUCCUGGAUGCGAUGAACCAGGACAGCGGGAUUCCUCUGACGCAGCUGCAGGUGGACGGGGGCAUGACCUCCAACAAACUGCUCAUGCAGCUGCAGGCCGACAUCCUCUGCAUCCCCGUGGUGAAGCCCUCCAUGCCGGAGACCACAGCCCUGGGAGCCGCCAUGGCCGCCGGGUCCGCGGAGGGGGUCAGCGUCUGGAGCCUGAAGCCAGAGGACCUGAGCGCCGUCACCUCCGACAAAUUCGAUCCCCAGAUCAACCCCGACGAGAGUGAAUUGCGCUAUGCGCGUUGGAAGAAGGCCGUGCAGAAAUCCAUGAACUGGGAGACCAGCGAGCCCGUCCCCAACGGCAACGGUGAAACGAGUAUCUUCAGUAGUGCUCCUUUGGGUUUAUACAUUCUGGGCAGCAUGUUUAUGUUAAUUGGAGCAAAGUACAUCGCAGGAUUCCAGGACUAAGUCCUGCCCCAUGAUGCUUUGCUGCGGAGUGAGAGGAUGGAGGGUGGGGUUUUCCAUGCCCCCCCCCCUCCUCCCUCCUCCCUGUAGGUCCAUCUUAACUGGGGUGCAUCGCUCUGGCCCAAAAGUCCCCAUUCCAUCAGCGGUUCUGCUCCCUGCAGCCCCCUAUGCAUUAUGCAGGCUGCAUUAGCCUGCAAGCUAUCAAAAUCCACAUGGGCGGAGCCAGCCUGGGACUCAACCAAUUGGAGCCGGUCAAAUUGAAGCCAGUGAACUGGAGGAGACCAAGGAUGUUUCAGAGCGGGGGGGGAAGAGUGGCUUUGCCUUUAGCCGUGGCUUAUGCUGGAUAUUUUAGCGGGACGGAUAGGCUGAUGUACUAUGGGUUUGUUUUUGUUUUGUUUUUUUUUCUUUACAGUUGAUGUCCAAUAACCCUUAUGUUGAUAACUUAUUGAUGGCAUUGUACCUUUGAAAUCGUGACACGGUUUCUCGACAGCAGGAAAGUCGAUAUUGACAGCUGCCACUGUUGUUGAGUCUUCGUACAUGCAUUGUGGGUCUGAUAAACAGUAAUUGGAUGCAUCUGUGUAUCGCCGAAUGAAAUGAAAUUGCAGGAGUUAAGUGCAGCACUUUAUAAACGGAUGUAUUUGCAUAGGUAUUGGACAGAGGCUAUAUGGUACGUUAGCUUUAAAAAAAUAUAUGGUGGUAUCACCUGUGUGCAUACAUGCUUUAAAGUGUUGUUUUUGUAACAUGAAUUCUAUAUCCAGAAAGGGUACUACACCCUAAAACUGUAGCUUCAUGGUGAAAUGUCCUUUUGCGUAGCAAGAUUUAUUUUAAUCUUUUAAUUGUUCAGUACCUUUGUGACUUGAAAAUCAUUUUGGACCCGGUUUAUCCUGCCCUUUGGUGCUUGCGUUUGUGAAAGGUAUUAACAGAUGUGCUCUUGUGAACGGAACCAGUCUAGUGCAAUACUGUGAGUAUACAUUCAUUUCUGUGUUUUUAUACCUCAGCCAAUAUCUUCAAAGCUUCCGUAUGUGGCAGCUCUGUGUUUUUGGUUAAGUAAGCAAGUCCUUUCAGGGCUAUACAACCACAAGACAAUCAGUCAGAGGGUCCCAUUUGUUGUCUGAGCAAAUAAAGACUAGCUUAAAAAGGCUGUGAAUGUGAAUGUGAAUACUACUACACCAGUGGUAACCAACCCAGUUCCUGGAUCUACUGUCUUGUAGGUUUCCUUUCCAACCCUAACAAAGCACACCUCACUCAACAGCUCAAUAUCUUGAGCUGCUAAUUAGUACAAUCAGGUGUGCCAAAAAUGGAAGUGAAAACCUAGAGGAUGGUAAAUCUCCAGGAACAGGGUUGGUUGUCACUGAACUAGAGAAGCCCUGCAGACUGAUCAAAGUAAAACAUUUCCCAUUCCUGCAUAGCGGUGGUACAGAAAAUGAUAGAUGGCCCCUCGUUCGUUUUCCUUGUGCAGCACAGUACAUCUCCCUCAGACACUCCAGUCUCUUGUAAAUACAACUUCUGUUCGGUGGGGUCUGACCUUUGCUUUAUAAGUGUCCAGUAAUGUGAAAUCCUUUUAGUGAGACUGUUGGUUCCUGGAGAGAGGGUAGGCAUUUGUGUUCUGCAUUAAAAAGUAUACCCUGUGGAAACAGAACCUUCCAGCUUUACUGCACAUUGCAGAAAGUACUACUGUAAGAAAUCGCCAAAAACCGGACGCAGUCUCAUUGUGUAACUUGAUUUCGCCACUUCCUUGUAAACCAUAUGCAGUUUUAAUAAAAAAUGAUGCACUUGCAUAUAUUUUGAAA